GCUUCGGGGUGUCAGACGGGCGAAAGAGGCUCCCGGGGACGUCAGGCGCAGCCAUAGCCGCGGACGGUUUCAAAAUGACAUCCAUGCUGACCUGCGCUGUCAAAACCCUUCCUGCUGUUUCACCAUGGGCUGCCAGAUUUGCUGUGAGGUCCCUCAGCUGUUCAUCUCAACUACAUGCAGCAGCUCAGCCCAAGAGUAAGAAAACAUUAGCUAAAAAUGGAGUGAAGAAUAUUGUGGUGGUGGACGGCGUCCGCAUUCCAUUUUUGCUGUCAGGAACCUCGUAUGCAGACUUGAUGCCGCAUGACUUGGCCAGAGCAGCACUGAAAGGUUUGCUGAAUCGGACUGACGUGCCAAAGGAAGCCGUUGAUUACAUUGUGUUCGGCACCGUUAUUCAGGAGGUGAAAACAAGCAAUGUUGCUAGAGAGGCUGCCCUGGGAGCCGGCUUCUCCGACCGAACCCCAGCUCACACAGUCACCAUGGCUUGCAUCUCUUCAAACCAGGCCAUGACGACAGGCGUCGGUCUCAUUGCCUCUGGCCAGAUGGACGUGGUGGUUGCUGGUGGCGUGGAGCUCAUGUCUGACGUUCCCAUCAGGCACAGCCGGAAGAUGCGGAAGACCAUGCUUGGCCUCAACAGGGCGAAAAGCUUGGGCCAGCGGCUGUCGCUGAUCUCCAGGAUCCGCCCCGAUUACUUUGCUCCGGAGCUCCCCGCAGUGGCCGAGUUCUCCACCAGCGAGACCAUGGGCCAUUCAGCGGACCGGCUGGCAGCUGCCUUUGCCAUCUCCCGCUUGGAGCAAGACGAGUUUGCCCUGCGGUCGCACAGCCUGGCCAAGAAGGCCCAGGACGAGGGGCUCCUCGCCGACGUGGUUCCGUUCAAGGUGCCAGGCAAGGACACAGUGGUGCAGGAUAACGGAGUCCGCCCGUCUUCGCUGGAGCAGAUGGGUAGAUUGAAAGCUGCCUUUGUCAAACCGUAUGGGACAGUCACAGCGGCCAACUCCUCUUUCCUGACUGAUGGAGCGUCGGCAGUCCUGCUGAUGUCCGAAGAGAAGGCUUUGGCGAUGGGGUACAAACCAAAGGCCUACCUCAGGGAUUUUGUCUACGUAUCCCAGGACCCAAAGGACCAACUCCUGCUCGGGCCCACCUACGCAACCCCCAAAGUUCUGGAGCGGGCGGGCCUCACCAUGGCCGACAUCGAUGCCUUCGAAUUCCACGAAGCGUUUGCAGGCCAAAUUUUAGCGAAUCUGAAAGCAAUGGAUUCUGACUGGUUUGCCCAGAACUACAUGGGCAGAAAGUCUAAGGUUGGGGCUCCCCCUCUGGAGAAAUUCAAUAACUGGGGUGGGUCCCUGUCGCUGGGACAUCCCUUCGGUGCCACCGGCUGCCGCUUGGUCAUGGCGGCUGCUCACAGGCUGAAGAAAGAGGGAGGCCAGUACGGCCUGGUGGCAGCAUGCGCUGCAGGAGGACAGGGCCACGCGAUGAUUGUGGAGCUUUACCCCCAGUAAAGUCAGGAAGAAGGUGACGCUGUGCGGUUCGCCCGUCCUGCCUGAGGCAGCCGGACCGUUCCAGAGCACUAAUCCAAAAUCUGUUUCUGCUCCUUCCUAGGAAGGAUUCACAGUGGCCUUUGUAAAUACCUUCUCGUUGCCUGCAAAAGCUGAUUUAACAACAAGCAGAUCGACCCUCACGCGUUCUGUCUGGGUAUUUAUAUCUGCAGGGGGUUCUUCCAUUUAUCCAACGUGUCCCGGCGGCCCCUUUCUCUCUCUCACGAAAACAGUGUUAAGGGUGUGAAUUACUCCAAUGCUUAAAAGCGUGAGCCGUCUAAUGAUGAGGGGUUCAGGUUUUUAAAAGAAAGCUUGUUGAACAAAGGAGGUGGCUUUUUUCCUAAGAGGGCGACUCACAACCUGAACGGCAGUGAAAUAGGCUAUUUUUUUAUUUUAUUUUUUACAAGGGAAGGCCCAGGACCAAGGAAGUGGACUGUUAGCAAAGUUGGAUGCCGUGUCUGUCAGUGCACACAGCCUUAAUAAAUGAGAGCAAAUGUG